AUGUUUCAGAUGGUUGGAUUGCCUGCUCGCGGCAAGACUUACAUUGCACAGAAAGUGUGUCGUUACCUACAAUGGCUCAGCGUCACAACAAAGGUGUUCAACGUUGGUAAUUACAGACGUAAGUUGCAUGGUGCCCACCAAGAGCAUACUUUCUUUGAUCCUGCCAACAAACAAGGGGAAAUCAAACGUCGUGAAUGUGCCACCGAAGCAUUAAAUGAUAUGAUUCGAUGGUUUGAAGUAGAGUCGGGAACGGUUGCCAUUUUUGAUGCCACCAAUUCCACUCGUGCACGUCGAACCUUUAUCUUAGAAGCAUGUGCCAAACACGAUAUUCAGGUCAUGUUUAUUGAAUCGGUGUGUCAGGACGAAAAUUUAGUAUUGCAAAAUAUCAUGGAAGUGAAGUUAUCCUCGCCUGAUUAUAAGGAUAUGGAUCCGGAAAAAGCAGCAGAAGAUUUCCGUGCCAGGAUUUCGCAUUACGAAAAUCAGUACGAACCGAUUACCGAGAAAGACACAACUUAUAUAAAGUUGAUCAAUGUCGGCAGUCAGGUUGUACUUAAUUUAAUUCAAGGUUACCUGCAGAGCAGGAUUGUGUAUUACUUGAUGAACUUGCACAUAUUGCCAAGAAGUAUCUUCUUCACCAGGCAUGGCGAGAGCAUGUUUAAUCUGAUGAGUAAGAUUGGUGGUGAUUCUGAGUUGUCGCCACGAGGUCGGCAAUAUGCUCAUGAGUUACCGAAAGUGAUUCAAAACUAUCUAGGAGAUCAGAAAUUAACAGUCUGGACUUCAACAAUGAGACGUACAAUACAAACAGCUGAAAGUCUGCCAUAUCCGAAAUUGCAAUGGAAGGCGCUAGAUGAAUUAGAUGCAGGUGUCUGUGAUGGGAUGACAUACGAAGAAAUUGAGGUACUCACUACUGCUGCUGCUGCUUUUUUGUUUUGGUAUAUUGAGAACAAUUAUUGUUCCUUGUUAAGAACAAUCAUCUGUCCAUUUAUCGGUCUAUCUCUAUAUGCUGUGUUCGCUUACGCUGCGGAAUAUCCAGAAGACUACGCCAAUCGAGACGACGAUAAAUUUAAUUAUCGAUAUCGGGGUGGUGAGUCUUAUCGCGAUGUAGUAUUUCGUCUGGAACCAGUAAUAAUGGAACUAGAACGACAACAAAACAUCCUAAUAGUUGGACAUCAAGCGAUCCUCCGUUGCAUCUAUGGAUAUUUUCUUAAUCUGCCACAAGAUGAUCUACCCUAUAUCAAGAUACCACUUCACACGGUCAUCAAACUGACACCAAAAGCUUACGGAUGCGAUGAGGUUCGAUACAAGGUUGACGUCGAUGCGGUCGACACGCACAGGCCAAAGCCACUCAAACUGAAGAAUACCAAUGUCAAUCCUAUCAAUUCUAUCCCGGCAACGUCAGUGCUCAGCAAUGCGUUUGCCUCUCUAGAUGCACCGAUUCUAAAGAGAAAAAAGCUGGAUGUGUAA